AUGUCGCCAGAGAAAGUCAUCCCCAAAAGACGGGAGGUCGAGACCCAUGUCACCAUCGCAGAGUUGAUCCAGCAGGCGCAGGAGAGUGACACGGCCGACCGCCAGUUGACAAUCUCACAGGCCCUGAAAAAGUACAAGAAAGCGGUCUUCUGGGCCAUGUUUCUCUCCACCAGUCUCAUCAUGGAGGGAUAUGAUUUGAACAUUAUAACCUCCUUCUACGGGCAGACGCAGUUCAAGGACCGCUUUGGAAUCGCCAAUCCGAAGACCGGCGAGAAGGCAAUCCCCGCGGCGUGGCAAUCGGGGUUAUCGAAUUCGUCGCUGGUCGGACAACUUGGGGGGCUCCUCGUCAACGCAUACUCCCAGGACCGCUUCGGAUGUCGGCCUACUUUGAUGUUCUUCAUGGUUUGGAUGGCCGCUGCUAUUUUCAUACCGGUUUUUGCGCCGUCACUGUCUAUCCUGGCCUGGGGUGAGUCCAUGUGCGGUAUCCCAUGGGGUGUUUUCCAGACUCUUUCCACAACGUACGCAUCGGAGGUUGUCCCAACAGUGAUUCGCCCGUAUGUCACAGCGUACGUGUGUAUGUGCUGGGGCGCCGGGAUUCUGCUCUCCUCCGGCGUUGUUCGCGCCGUCACCACACUCGACGGUAACCUUGGCUGGCAACUCCCGUUCAUGCUCCAAUGGGUCUGGCCACUUCCUCUCUUCAUUGGAGCAUAUCUCGCUCCCGAGUCGCCCUGGAACGCGGUCAGAAGGGGGAAGAUAGAGCAGGCUCGGCACAGCCUGAUGCGUCUGCGUCAGGAUACCCCGGAAAGACAACGGGAGGUGGAGGCCACGUUGGCGUAUAUCCAGCACACUACGGAGCUGGAAAAGUCGGAGACCGCCAAUGCCAGCUUUCUGGAUUGUUUCAAAGGAACGAAUUUGCGACGCACGGAGAUCAACUGCGUCGUCUGGGCCGCGCAGAUCCUGUGCGGCAACGCUCUUCUUGGUUAUGCAGUUGUGUUUUUGGAAGCCGCUGGAUUUUCAGAGGUGCAGGCAUUCGAUCUGAAUAUCGCCCUCUCGGCAUGCUAUAUCAUCGGGGGUGUCAUUUGCUGGCUUCUCUUUCCGCAUGUCGGACGCGCCACGAUUUACAUGGGAGGGAUGUCCUUCAUGUUCGUUUGUCUGGUGGUGAUCGGAGGGCUGGGCUGGGCGGAUGGGAAACAAGCCCAGCUGGCGAUUGGAAUUCUACUGGUGAUCUCGACGCUCUGCAAUAUGAUCACUGUCGGGCCCGCGUGCUAUCCGAUUGUCGCCGAAACGCCGUCCGGUCGACUGCGAUAUAAGACCAUCGUUAUUGGAAGGUUUUGUUACAAUCUCACGGGAAUCUUCCAGAACUGCGUCACGCCGCGCAUGCUUUCUUCCACAGGUGAAUAUGCAGCUAACACGUCCGUUUCCCUUGCGGGAUCAGCCUGGAACUGGGGCGCCAAAGCGGGACUUUUCUAUGCGGGAACGAAUCUGGCUUGUAAUAUCUGGUGCUGGUUUCGACUUCCGGAGACGAAGGACCGCACCUUUGGGGAGAUUGACUUGUUGUUUGAGAAUGGUGUCCCAGCGAGGAAGUUCAAGCAUACCCGCGUUGAUCGACUGGAUCUCCUGCCUCGUAUCUGUCUUUGA